AUGGAACAGGCACGCGUGUCGUCUCCCAUCAAAUCAGACCGCGACUCUACAGUAGGAAGCCGCCGUGGCUCAACGUCACGCUCAAAGCAGUCGGGCCGCAGUCAGCAGAGUGCUAUGACUGCUCAAGCUCAGCUUGAAGCCCUUGACCAGAAGACAGCUCGAAGUGAAAUUGAGUCGCGGUCUGAAAGAAACUUUUUCAAGAUGACCGGACAGAUACCGCCUACCCCGACUACUGGUCACUUGAAUGAGAACGACAUCUACGUUAGGACAGAAGAUCUACGAUCACAAUGUCGGGCUACCAACACAGAGACGGAAGGAGACCAAGAUGAUGCAACAAAGAGUCCGAAAAAGAAACUUUUCCAAAACAUCCGCAACCCGUUCUCCAAGUCAUCUAGCUCCAUAGCUCCGCCGCCAAUGCCGUCCAAAGCAGCUCAAGUGUUAGGUACAGCAGCACGACAGCCCCGUGUUGUCCAAGUCCGCCCCAUCAAGCCGGCAGUACCUAUUCAACCAAGACCUGCAAAGCCCUCUCGCUCGGAAACCGUAAAGUCACUGCCUACAAAGGUUGUCAACCCUGAUAGCUACGCCCAUCGUCACCUCUAUGGUCCGUUACGAUGCAGCCCCACGACCGGAAAUGCCUCGCCUGAUAGACAUGGUUUCAAGAUGCAAUCAUCUGAUGCUGAGAACAAUUCUCCAACGUCUGCGUUUGUUGCGUCGCCGAAUUCCAUAAUCCCGCCGACACCACCUGCCAAGGACACUCCUCCAACCCAGAGGCCUGCGAGUCCGCUUCGUAGGGUAGCUCCCGCUCAAGACCUGCGUCAAAGUUACGACCAAAAAGGUGAAAAAAGCAUGCAGUUGCACUUACCAAACUUCGACUUUCAGGAGGCAUCGCUCCUUCCUCGUCCAGACCACAGUAGUGAGAACCACCAGAGCAACAUUUGCAAGCAGAACAGUUACAGCCCACUUAAGCCUCGCUUCUACUCUCCCAAAUACAUUCCUGCCCGUGGGUUUCUGGAGGGUGAGACACCGUCCAAAAAUACCGACGCUAGCCGCUUCGUAUACUCACUUCCUUCUGAGUUCAAAUCACAACCGCACCUACGCAAGGUCUCCACCAGUGGCUCUAUCAGAAUGGUCUUCCAGGGCGACCCAAGAGACAUUGAUCCAAACUCACCAACUGCACGAGAACUUUACCAGAACCAACAACGUGCUAGGGCGGAGGGAAUACAGCCUGAUACUGGAAUCACGACACGCGUUAUGCAAGAGCUUCGCAUCAACGAGCGUUGCAACCCUACGCCACAUAACAAUGGUCAGGGCGGUCCUCCUCACCCAGAUCAGUCGUCUUCACGGCUCACUGACAUGCUGGAUGCGGUUGGUCCUGGUAGAAGCGAGUCACAUGGCGACUUCCGACCUCAUUGUCCCAGUGCUGUUCCUAGCCCACUGCACAAAGCACCAGUGCUAGUCCCCACAGCCCGGCCGUCGGUGCCUCCCAAUGUUAACUUUGGGCCCUUCCCACCACCCCUUUCGCCCAAGAGCAUUGACGACCACUUCUACAUGACGAAUGAGCACCUAGACGUGGUGGGCAAGACAACCUGGGAUCUUCUCGAGAUGUUUAGCAAGCAGCACAAGAGCACGUCUAAGGAAAGGCAUGAUGAAUUGGUGGCAUUGACCAACAAGCAUUAUGAUGACAUCAAGUCCCGAUUGAAUAAGCUUGAAGAACAUGUCAUUCGUAUACACGAAUACAUGAGUCGCUUCGACAGUAUCACGACCAACCACGACAAUGUCUACGCUACGCUCGACCUGCUCAAGAAUAACAUCAACGAGGGCAUUCCCGAUACUCUCACAAAUCAAGGCAAAAAGAUGGCGAGCAUGGAAUCAGAAAUCAAGGAGCUGAAGCAGAUGUUGCAGGCCAUGCAAAAGUCGUCAGAGGAGAAGACGAGUCAGCCCUAUGUUGUGAGCGGGCAGAUCAGUACUCCAAACAAGAGUUACCCCCAGUCCCAAGGCUUCGCUGGAAACCAUGGCCCUGUCUCUGACAUGGGCAAUGUGGUGGAUAACCGCAGCAUGAUAUCGCCUCUAGACAUUGCGAAUGAUGGUCGUGUUGGAUACCAGGGCGGCCAGUGGGCUGCGCGUGCCGGCUAUCUUGGGCGCAAUAGCAAAGAAGAUCGCCCUUCAUACCCAACGAACCCUUACCACUUUGCCAGUGGAGGUCACUUCAACGCGGGAUACUCUGGUAGCAGCUACUCCCCUUUCGGUUACUCUCCUUCCUCAUCUGACCAGCAGUACCCGUUUAACAACCACGGACAGGCGAAAUGA